AUGGUCGAGCACGUAGCGCUAUACAUCCUCUCCUCGGGCACCUCCUCUGGCGAGGCAGUGCUAGCCAACAUCCGAGCGAGCGAUUUCAUCGACGAGAUCAACAGCGGUGAGGGUCCACGCGAGGAUUGUGGGCUAUACAAGCUGGUACAGCUCGUCACACCUCCUCAUUCGCUAAAGUCAGAGAGCGACGUGCUGAAGUUUCACACGAGGCUAGUCAAGGGCGAGGAGAAGGCGGAGGUUGAGGGUCAGGCGUGCACGUGGAACCCUCUGUGCGUGCUCAUCGCGGAUGGGAAAGAUGAGGAGGUGGUAGAGGUGCUCCAGCUGAAAGAGGGGAGCGUGGAGGAGCGGUUGAAGAGCAAAGCGAGGAGCGCUGUCGAAGUUGCCUCAAACGUCUCCGUGGCAAAUAUGUCGAUUCAAGAGUAUAAAGACAUGUGCGGCAAUGCCGAAGUGUACGAUGCCGGGCAAUAG